AUGAUACUACUUGGUAUCCGAUCAGCUCUUAAAGCUGAUUUGCACACGUCCAGCGCCGAACUGGUAUAUGGACAACCUCUUCGACUACCUGGGGACUUCUUUUCUGAAAACCCCAGAACACCCCGCUACGACGCGAAUUACGCUCGGCAGUUAGCCACGAGCAUGCGCCAUAUCAAAGUAACCGACGUGCGAGAACAACGACGUAAAUCGUUCGUUCCACAAGAUCUACUGCAUUGCGCUUACGUUUUCCUUCGAGUCGAUGGUCUACGCAGACCACUCGAACGACCCUACGAAGGUCCAUUUAAGGUUCUUAAACGUAAGGACCGCGUAUUCGUUAUCGACCGCCACGGUAAACGUGAAACUGUCUCUAUCGACCGUCUCAAGGUUGCCCAUGUGGAACCUGAGAUCGACGAUGACUCCCGUCCACCUUCGGACGAGUCAACGCAGCCUAUGAUCGACGACACGCCUACUUCCGAUGCUACGAAGCAUUCUCCGACUAACCCUUCCGACUCAGUUCCUUCCGAUUCUAUCGAGCCGAAAGCUUCCUCAUCCGACAAAACUGCUGGAUCGACAACGCCUCCGACCGAACGUCCGAAAUCGACUAGGUCAGGUAGGCGGGUUCAUUGGCCAGCGCGAUUAAAAGAUUAGUCUUCUUUUCAUUCUUCCUUUCCCGCUUCCUUUUUGGUUGUGGCCUAACCCGCCCAACAAAAACGUUUUGAAA